CCUUUCCAUUUCGUCAUUUUCCAAUGGCGGGGGUUGCUGCGGCAGCCGCAGAUCUUCUUUUCUUCCUACCCCAACAGGAAGAAGAAGAAGAAGAUCCUGAAGAUGUCAUUGGAGCCGAAGAUUCCAUUCCCUUCUGGCCCACCGACUUCGAUCACGACGAGAUCUACGUCCCAGAUCCAUUCUCCCCCGAUUUCCAUGAUUUCCCUCCCUCCCAACCCCCCUCCAACCACCACCCCAUUCUCAUCUCCGAUACAAGCGACGAAGAGGACAUCGACAUCGAGAUCGACACCCGCAUCCGAGAAUUUAAAGAAUCUGGCUCCGAUUCCGAUUAUUUAGACGGUGGAGAUGAAGAAGAGGAGGAAGAAGAUCAGGUAAGCCUCAUCUUUGAUCUAUUCGAUCGGUGCCCGCAGCAAAUCCAAGCCGUUGAUAAUGAUUCUGUUAUGAGCCCGUUCCCGGAAAUGAAUGAACCCGUUGAUGUUAUGAUUGGUGAGGAUUUCGGGGAUGGGUUCUUCAUCGGCCAGCGGAAUUCGGUGUCUGAACCUGGGGAAUCGUCUGGGGUUCUUGCUGUUGAGCCGGACGGUCUCCGGAUUGUUGGGAUCGGAUCGGAUUCUGAUUCGGAUAACUGCCCGAUGGUUGGGGCGAAUUGGAAUUCUGAUGGGGAAGAUGCGCCAGAGCGGAUUGACGAUGAUCUGGGUCUUCCACUUUGUUGGGAUUGCCUCCGGUUGGACGAUCGUCGGGAUAUGGCGGAAGAUUUUGAGUGGGAAGAAGUGGAUGGGCGGGCCAUUUACGAGCGCGAGCCUCUUAGUGUGGUGAUUGAUGCGGAGCUGGACUCCCAGUCAGAUUCGUCUCUGGCACGAUCUGAUCAGGAGACGGCGCAAAAUCUUGAUUGGGAAGUUCUUUUGACAAUCAAUCGCUUGGAACGGACCACCAUUGUUGAACAUGAAGCUGAAUGGCCCGAAUCCUAUCUGGGUGAUCAUGAUGAUGAGUAUAUUUACACAACUGAGUAUGAGGUGCUGUUCGGGCAGUUUGCUGAGACCGACAAUCCCGUGAAGGGCAGUCCUCCUGCUGCAAAAUCCUUCAUCGAGAAUCUACCAUCAGUUGUCCUGACGAAAGAGGAUGUGGAGAACAACAAUGCCAUUUGUGCAGUUUGUAAGGAUGGGAUAUCGGUGGAGGAACAGGUGAAGCAGUUGCCGUGCUCGCAUCAUUACCACAAGGACUGCAUUUUGCCAUGGCUGAAGAUUCGGAACACGUGCCCAGUUUGUCGGCAUGAAUUGCCCACGGACGAUCCCGAUUACGAGCGGUGGAGAGCAGAACGUCGCACAGGGGAUUCUCGGGCCAGGUACGAGUUUGAAAUGUUUCCUGAACUGUAGAUAAAUUUCUGAACCUAGAUGUGAUAAUGGUGGUUUUCUAUUAAUGUGGUAGUGAGAUUGAGAAAUUGUAAUGUUAGGAUUUUUGUUUCAUAUUGAAUCAUUUGUACGUUAAUGGUUGCUUGUGUUUGCACCUAUCUUUUGAAGUUGAAUUUGGAUUUGAAAGAUUAAGCAAUGAUCUAGUGCAAAUUCUUCUUUCUA